GUGACUGGAUGUGAUUUGAAGAUCACAGUUUGAAAAUGGAGAACUUUUUGGGCACACUUCAGGACCAUGACGUGAGGUUAGAGCUAACCAGCUAAUUACUUUCGGUUCUGACAUCCUGUGAGCCAGAGCUCCAGGAGCUGAUGAAACAGAUUGACAUCAUGGUGAACCACAAACGCAGCGAAUGGGAAGCGGAGGUCCAAGCCUUGGAGCUGCGGCUUCAUAACGCACAAGAAGAACUCCAGUCAGCCAGGGACCUGUUAGACAAGAAGAACUCUGAGAUUAGGGUACUUGGAAAACAGCUGGAAGAAGUGCAAGCUGGGAGGCAGGAACUGGUUCUUAAAUAUGAGGAACAAUUACAGCAUGUUCGGGAUGAGCUAUCCAAAUUAAAACGCAGCUAUGAGAAACUACAGCGCAAGCAACUGAAGGAGGCACGAGAGGGAGGGAGAAGCCGAGAGGAGGACAAGAGUGAGGUGACCCGCCUUAACAACAAACUGGAGGAGUUUCGUCAGCGUUCAGCUGAGUGGGAGCAGCAGAGGCAGCAGUACCAGAGACAAGUGGCUUCUCUGGAGGCUCAGAGGAAGAGCCUGGCAGAACAGUUCACUCUCAUACAGGUUAACACACACUUAAACACUGCUGGGAGGCUGCAGGAACAGGCAGAAGUUCAGCGACUGCGGGCGCAGCUGGAACGGGCGCAGGACUCCCUGCAUAUGCAGGAGCUGGAAAUUGAGAGGUUGCGUCUGUUGCAGGAGGAACUGGGAGACUCUCACAGAGAGCGACAGGUCAGCAGCAUGCUCCUCAGAGCAUCAGGACAGGUUCUGACGGAGGAGAAGGAGGAGCUGAGGGCCACUCUGGAUGCUCAGGAUCAGUUUGUGCGCAGUUCUGGUCAGCAGCAGCAGCAGCUACGUGCAGAGGUGGCCCGACUCACUCAGGCCUUGCAGGCAAAAGAGCAGACCAUCCGAUCUUUGGAGGAGUGCCUGUCUCUUCGGGGUGCAGACCCUGCCUUGGGUCAGGCUUCACUCAGACAGCAGCUGGAAAAGACCACAGACAAGCUCCACAGUUCUCAGACCAGUGAAAAGCACCUGAAGGCUGAGGUAGCCCAUCUGAGAGACAGGCUGGAGAGUAUGCUCGCACAGAAAGAGGAGAUGUCCAGACAAGAGAAGGACUGGAAGGAGAUGAAAGAGGAACAUAGCCGCUGUCUUUCUGAAAUUAAACGGUUACGUGAUGAGCUUCAGCAAGUAGAGAAAAUGCAUUGUGGUGAGGUGGAGGGCAUGAAAAAGGAGGUGUCCCAACUGACCAAUGAACUUCAUCAGCGUGACAUCACAAUUGCCACGCUCACUGGCUCCACCUCCAGCGUCGAGAGGCAGUUACGUGCAGAAGUGGAUCGAGCGGAACGGCGGGCGGCUGAACUCAAGGUAACUCAAGUUCAGUUAGAAACCUUGAAGAUUGAGAAUCAGCACCUGAAUGAUCUGCUGGAGAGAGUAGAGGCCAGAUCGCCCAAGAGAGGUGACGCUUCAUUGGUGAGUCUGAGAGACAGCUAUGUGUCGUCCCUGAGCAGCCUGGAGAAGGAGAAUCAGCAACUGAGGCAGGAACUAGCUGAGAUGCGCGCACGCAUGGAGGAGUCUGCCCAAACUUGGCAACACAAAUACGAAAGAGCACUCCAGCAAAGCCAGAGUAAGAACAUUCACACACAUCUGAUGAACCAAGAGGAGCUUCUCGCUAUGGAAGCGAGGAUGCAGGAGAGCUCCUCACGCUAUGAGGAGGAAAUACAGAGACUCCUCAAACAGUUAGAAGCCCUCUCCACCUCCUCUCCACAACACUCCAAUGGUCAGUCACUGCGAGGCAGAGGAGCAGUCUCCCCCGCCCCUUCUGCAUCUUCUGGAUCUUCAUCCUCCUCUUCCUCUGCACGAAAAGCACACAGAAUUGCUGCCACUUUCACUGCAGUAGCCAAUGGGCAGGAAGCCCUGAUGUCAGACUCCGCUGAUGACUUCUUGCCAUUGGAGCGUUGUACAGACUCCCCCAUUGGUUCGGUCGCAUCCCGUUUCCUGGAGGAGGAGACACUCCGCACACAGGAUCUGAUGCAGCAACUGAAUGCGCACAUUCUGGAAAUGAAGGAAGACAACAGCAGAACUGUUAGAAAGUACCUGAGCAAAGAUGUCAGACCACAGAACGGCCACUGA